GGACAACCCAGGCGUCCUUGGAGUCAGCGAGGACCCUGCCAGCAGGUUUCGGGGCGGGGCGGGGCCUGACCCAGUUUCUCCAGCCGCCGGUCCUUUGAGAUCUCCAUCGCUUUCCCGUGCUGUGCUUCAGCCUCUUGCCAUCCUCCAGUUUCCAGCAUGCCUGGUCCGACCCCCAGUGGCACUAACGUGGGCUCCUCAGGACGCUCUCCCAGUAAAGCAGUGGCCGCCCGGGCGGCGGGUUCCACCGUCCGGCAGAGGAAAAAUGCCAGCUGCGGAACAAGGAGCGCAGGCCGCACAACCUCAGCCGGCACUGGGGGGAUGUGGCGAUUCUACACGGAAGAUUCGCCUGGCCUCAAAGUUGGUCCUGUUCCAGUAUUGGUUAUGAGUCUUCUGUUCAUCGCUUCUGUAUUUAUGUUGCACAUUUGGGGCAAGUACACUCGUUCAUAGAUUUGGCUACAUCCAUCUGUCUAUCAUCUGAAGGAGAAAAACCCAACAUAUCUUGGACCAAAAGCAUGGUGAUUUUCUGUUCAUGAGAAAGACAUUUUCUGUAAGCUUACUGUUUUACAGAGAACUUAUCGAGAAUUGAUUUUAAGGAAUAGAUGUUUUUCUAUGGCUAAUAAACUUUUUAAUUCAUUUAUAUCAAGUCUUAUUGUUGAUGCCAGGGCCUUUAGUCUCUGCCUUUUGAUAUGUAGAAAACAUGUCUAAAUGUCUUGUGGAGAUUAUUGGAUUGACAGUUUCUUAAAUGAUCAUGUAAUCAUUCAAAUCCAAGGUUCUAUAAUUGGCCUUGGCUUGUUUUCUCCUAGGUAAUUCUGUCCUGGUGAUUGUCAUUUUGGGUGCUCUGUGGUUUUCAAGGAUUGUGCCUAUGACUCCAUCAGGCAAAUCUGUUUUCAAAGGCAUCUGGUACCCAGGGGAGUAAUCAUAGAAGUGAUAAAUCAGAAAUCUUAGAUGAAAUGUUUGCUCAUUUUGGUUUUUUUUUUUGUCUCUAAAACCGCAGACAAUAUUUUGCUUCUUAUUUUCUCCCAGUUCUUAAUUCUGUGAAUGUACACCAGGAGUUUCCAUCUAUUUACCAGUUGUUUCUAAACCUAUUUUGAAAUAAAUCAUUUGAUAAUUGAAUAUA